AAAGAAUCCAAAGUAUAUAAAUAGAGCUGAAAAAGAAAAGAUCUUGUACCUGAUUCUUUUUUAUUUUAUUUUAUUUUUAUUAUCCUCGAAAGAAAAGAAAAAAUGACUAUCGGAUUUGAUGAAGAUCUUCCUAAUGAUGUUUACAAAUACAAUGAAAUUCGUAAAAAUAUGGAUUGGGAAAAAUCAGGUAUUGCCUCCCUUUUGAAGCCAGCCCCCGUUUCUCAACAUUUACCUGCGUUUGAUGCUGAUGGUAAGCCUUGUUUCAAGCCCUAUAGAGGAUCUGGUAAAUUAGAAGGCAAAUAUAUCUUGAUUACGGGCGCAGAUAGUGGUAUUGGUCGAUCUGUAGCUACUUUAUUUGCUCUUGAAGGUGCUGCUGGUAUUACGAUUGUCUAUCGUGAUGAACGUGAAGACGCUGAUGCCAUGUACACCAAGAAUACAAUUGAAGGUCAAAGUCAAUGUAAGAUUCAGUUGAUUGCUCGUGAUAUUGGCUAUGAAAAGAAUUGUCAAGAAAUUUUGAAUUUCCAUUUAAAGCAAUUUGGAAGAUUAGACAUUUUAGUAAAUAACGCUGCUGAACAACAUAAAGUGACUCGUAUUGAAGACCUUGACUGUGAUGUUGUUGAAAGAACAUUCCGUACUAAUGUUUUUGGUCCUAUCUUUUUGACCAAAUUGGCCUGUAAACAUCUUGUUGCAGGUGGAGUGAUUAUUAAUACGGCAUCUAUUGCUGCUUAUCGUGGUAUGGAUGUCCUUGUUGAUUAUUCUGCUACAAAGGGCGCUAUCGUUUCUUUCACUCGUGCUCUUAGUCAACAAUUGGCACCUCGUCGUAUUCGUGUUAAUGCAGUUGCACCUGGACCUGUUUGGACACCUUUGAUUCCUAAUACGUUUUCAAAGGAAGAAAUCCAAAAUUUUGGUUCUUUCCCUCCCUUUAAGCGUCCUGCUCAACCAUGUGAAAUUGCUGCCUCUUUUGUCUUUUUAGCUUCUGAUGAUUCUUCCUUCAUUACCGGUCAAGUUGUUCAUCCUAAUGGUGGUACUAUUAUUAACACUUAGUUAAAUAUAUAUUCUAUAAAUGUAUAUGAAUAUACAAAUAUCUCCUUUUUUUCCCCCAAAUAAAGUUUUCUAUUCAGGAGAUAAUCUCUAUCGUACAAGUGGAAUUUA